CAAUAAUUGAGAGUCAUUCGCUAUACAUUCAUCAGUUGCCUUGUGUGAUCGAACGUGAAUAGUUGUGUUCAUAAAAUAAAAUGCCAAAAAUACACAAUUUUGGUGCCGGCCCGGCAAAAUUGCCUGAGGAAGUGUAUGAAGUUAUAAGGGACGAGUUAACGAACUUUAAAGGAACUGGAAUUAGUUUAAUGGAAACAAGCCACAGGACACCUACUUAUUUGAAGUUUAACACCGAAGUUCAGGAUAUUGUUAGAAGACUUCUAAAUGUGCCAGCCAAUUACAAGAUAUUAUUGUUGGCGGGAGGUGGACAAGGCCAGUUCGCGGCUGUACCUCUUAACUUGAUAUCGAGAACUGGGACGGCUGAUUAUGUGGUCACAGGUGCCUGGUCAGCGUUAGCAGCCAAAGAAGCGAAGAAAUAUGGCAAAGUCAAUAUGGUUGUGCCAGCUACAGACAAAUAUACAGGGGUCCCCGACCAGUCUACAUGGAACCUUGAUCCCAAUGCAUCAUAUGUUCAUAUUUGUGGAAACGAAACUAUCCAUGGCGUUGAGUUCGAUUUUAUCCCUGAUACUAAGGGAGUACCACUAGUCGCUGACAUGUCCUCUAACUUUAUGUCGAAGAAAUUGGAUGUUUCUAAGUUUGGAGUAAUAUAUGGCGGUGCCCAAAAGAACAUUGGUACAUCAGGUGUAGCCCUGGUCAUUGUCAGAGAGGACCUCCUCAACCAGGCUCUACCCAUUUGUCCAAUUAUUUUGGACUGGACUGCCAAUGCAAAGGCCGAUUCUAUUCUUAACACACCACCUAUGUUCGCUAUAUACGUAAUGGGUAAAUGUUUAGAAUGGAUCGAAAAGAAGGGAGGUCUUGAUAAAAUGGCUGAAUUGGCCAACAAAAAGGCGUCACUCAUUUAUGACCUAAUCGAGCAGUCCAAUGGCUUCUACUAUGCCCCAGUUGCCAAAGACUCUAGGAGUAAAAUGAACAUUCCGUUCAGAGUUGGCUCAGCUGGUGGUGACGAAGCUUUGGAGAAAGAGUUCUUGAAGGGUGCAGAGGCGUUGGGACUUAUACAAUUAAAGGGCCAUAGGAGUGUGGGCGGCAUCCGUGCGUCGAUAUACAACGCCGUGACUGUGGAUGAGGUGGAAGACCUGGUCAAAUACAUGAAGGAGUUUUACGAGAAGCAUGCCAAGUAAACCAGUCAAAACUUUUUUAACUGUCAUUUUGACAGUUGUCAAAACAUUGUUUAUUGGCGGUGUGACAUCAGAUAGUCCUUUUGCCCCGUUUAUAUAUGGACUUGGAUAUUCUUUACAUAGGAAUUGCGUGAUAUUAUAAUUGGAAUUAAGUGUGAUUUUAACGAUCAGAUACUCGCAAACAAGAUGUUUACUAAAUUACUAUAAAAUUAUUUAGAAUUUAUCAAAGCAAUAAAACAUAGGCCAUUAAAAAAUAUACUAACAGUAUCGCAUUGAUUUCUUGUUAAAUGUCUUGAUCUUGGUUAUUGUGUUUGAGUAAUUUUGUAUAUGCAAGGUGAACUUCUAUUUCACAAAUUGUUUACUCUUUAUGUAUAGAAAUAAAAAUGAAUAUAUGCAUAUUGUUGAUACAAAUUGGUUGUAAUAAUUUAAAGUUUAUCCUCAUCAAUAUAUACCAAAUCCGGUAAUAUUUCUUUAUAAACCUCAAAUCACAGUUAAAUAAGAUUUCAGUUAUAUAUCAGGAUUAGCGUUAUUUUAUAUUUUUUAGAUAAGCUG